AUGGCGCCGUCGCAGCUUAAGCAAUUGAAAGCAUCGCUGCGAGAAGGUGGCGUCCUCGGCCCUCAGCAAUCCAAGAAACAACGAAAAUCAGCCGGCAAAGAUGCGCAGAAACGGGCCCAGCGCAAUGCCGCCCUAGAGGAUAUUCGGGAACGAUUCAAUCCUUUCGAAGUCAAGGCGCCUGCGCGGAAAGCCAAGUACGAAUUCGUCAAUGCCAAAAACGUGAAGCCGGCCGUCGGCCGACCGGGUGUCACCCGAGGACUGGGCGAGGAACGACGGAGAGAGACACUAUUGAAAGAGAUGCAGAGGCGGAAUAAGGUCGGCGGGAUGCUUGACCGACGGUUUGGAGAGGACGAUCCCACCAUGACGCCGGAGCAAAGGGCGGCUGAGCGCUUUGCGCGGCAGAAUGAGCGCAAGAUGAAGAAGACUUCCAUGUUCAACCUCGAGGACGACAGCGAGGAAGAGAUGACGCUCACACAUGGUGGAAGGUCGCUCGAUUUCAACGGCCGCAUGAAGGAUGAUUUCGACGAGGAUGAUGUCGACGAUCAGGAGGAUGCAGAAACAGACGGCGAGUUUGAUGCGCAGGACGAGCGGCCGCGCAAACGGGCACGGGUCGAAGGCGAAGAUGGUCUCGACGAUGAAGAGGCCGAAGAAGCACCACAACGGAAGAAGACAAAAGAUGAAGUCAUGAAGGAGAUCAUCGCCAAGUCUAAAUUGUACAAAGCCGAGCGGCAGGCUGCGAAAGAGGACGAUGACGACCUACGUGCUGAGCUCGACAAUGGCAUGUCUGACUUUUACGCAGCGUUCCGAGGCCAGAAGGCACCAGAACAGCGACCUGCGCCAGUGUCCUCAGCUGCGGCGCCUGAACCCCAGAUGGACCCCUCACGAGCUGCUAUGUUGGCAGGCAAAACCAGGGAGGACGCGGAGAAGGAUUACGAAGCGAACCUGCGACAGCUGAAGCUGGAGGCUCGAUCCAAACCCAGUGUACGGACGAAAACCGAAGAAGAAAAGGCCGCGGAAGAGGCCGCACGUCUUGAAGAGCUGGAGCGAAGGAGAGUCAGGCGAAUGAAGGGCGAGGCGGAAAGUUCGGAGGACGAGGAGGGCGACCAGGCUGUGGAGCCCGGACCGGAUGAGGAGAUCGAUAUCGACGAUGCGGAAGCCUUUGGGUUAGCCGCUCCAGAAGCCGCAUCUGCUCCCAGAAGAGAACUUGAUGUCGAAGACGAAGAUGAAUUUGUCCUCGACGACGACCUGAUUGCUUCUGGAUCCGACGCUGAUCUGGGAAGCGAGCAAGAGGACGGCGAGUCUGACUCUGAACCUGAAGAUGAGACUGAGGAUGACGGUGAUGACGACUUCAUCAACGGCCUGGCCUUGCCGCAAGAAACAGAAGCAGAAAAACGUACAGCUUCGAAGACGACGAAGUCGGUCCCGGAAAGCACCAAUCUAGCCUACACAUUUCCCUGCCCCCAGACACACAAACAGUUCCUCGAACUUACCAAGGGAACCAAGACCACAGACCUGCCGACGAUUGUUCAGAGGAUCCGCGCUCUGUACCACAAAGGUCUUGCUUCAGGGAACCAGGACAAGCUCGAUACAUUCGCGGGCGUGUUGACGCAGCAUGUCGCCUACCUGGCCGACCACGACAGGACCGUCCCCUUUUCGGUUCUAGAAAGCUUGAUCCGGCAUUUACAUUCCAUGGCCAAAUCCUCGCCCGAACGAGUGAGUGCUGCCUUCCGGGAGCAUCUUCAGCUAAUAUCCACCGAACGACCGCUACGACUCUCAGCAGGCGACCUCGUCAUUUUGACUGGCGUGUCGACAAUCUACCCAACGUCAGAUCACUUCCACUCUGGGGUGACGCCAGCGAUGCUGACUCUGGCGCGAUACCUUGGUCAAAGCACCGUCCAGUCUCUGCAAGAUCUUGGCGUCGGCGCCUACUGCUGUUCCCUCGCCCUGCGAUAUCAGGCGCUGGCAAAGCGGUACGUGCCCGAAGUGGUCACCUACAUAACGAACGCGCUUGCCAUCCUCUCACCCACACCAGUGCCUCAACAAGACAAGGAGGGCAAACCACUCAACGUGCCCAUCAGGCUGCCCUUGGAGUCUGAGUCUCUGCGCCUCAAAAUCACAUCAGCAGCCGCGGGUGUUGUGUCCUCACGGGAGAAACUCUCAUUCAAAGCCCUCAUCAUGAGUAAUGAUCACGAUAACGACGCCGCCGCCCACACCCUCACCCUUCUCCACACAUUCAUCCGCCUAGCAACACAGGCCGCACAGCUAUGGUCCCAGAAAUCCGCCCUCCCGGAACUGCUGCACCCGCUUAUCCACGCAUUGACCCACCUUUCAUCCCGUAGCAACGGCACCUCUCUUCCCCCACAAACCCUCUCUCUUGCCUCAGCCGCGCUUUUCAGCCUCUCGGGCAUGCGUGACGCGUCCAUCAAGACCCGCCGGCCUCUCCUUCUGCAUUCCCAUCGGCCUCUCGCCAUCAAGACCUCAAUCCCGCAGUACAUCGAGAAUUACAACCCCGACAGGCACUACGAUCCGGACCGCCAGCGCGCGACGCUCUCGAAGCUGAAGGCCGAGCACAAGAAGGAACGGAAGGGCGCGAUGCGCGAGCUCAGAAAGGACGCGAGCUUCAUGGCGCGCGAGCAGUUGAGGGAGAAGAAGGAACGGGAUAGCGCGUACGAGAGAAAGUAUAAGAGGUUGGUGGCGGAGAUUCAGGGCGAAGAGGGGCGAGAACAAAAGGGGUAUGAGCGGGAAAGGGAGAGGGCGAGGAGAAAGAGCAAAACCAAGGGCUAG